UAUUAUACCGAACAGUCAAAGCCUUUUCCAUGAUCAAAAGGACCCUUUGUUUAAAAUUAUCUUCUGCAAAAACAAAGUCUCUUUCUACAGGCUAGUGAAAUCAAGCUUAAUGGACGAUGGUCUUGGGAAGAUAAAGAUUAUUCAAGAUCAUUUUACAGCUUCAGAAUCAAGUUUGGAAUCUCCUCAAAGUAGUCCUUCAUCUAUUUUAAGGCCAAGGAUUGAUAAUUCAUUUAGGUCUCAUAGUCGGUUGAGUACACGGAGAAGAUUAAAGAGCGCUGCAUACAUGUUGAAGUUGUUUAGUCUCCGGGGACUCCCUUGGAGUUCUGAUGAAGAUGGUGAAAGAAAGGUUGAGCUUACUGCUGCGGAACUUGAAUCACUUCGAUCGGAGCUUGCUGAUUUAGAAGAGAGAGAAGCUCAUUUAAAAGCUCAGUUGGAACAUGUUGAUGAAGUUCUGCGUUCAGCUCGUCUUAGUGGCUAUUUAUACAUACGAACGAGAUGGGAAGCAUUACCGGGAGAACCUCCAAUUGACGAUUCUGAGGUUGAUGAUUGGCUUCCUCGCUUUGUCGUCCUGCACGGUGUAUGCCUCUUCUUCUAUCUUCUUUCUACAGAUCUGAGUCCUCAGGACUCCACCCUGUUAUCUGAUGUUAUUAAGAUAGGUUCCUUACCGAGCUUUGUUCGAGAAGGGGAAGGAACAGUAUACGCCUUUUACAUAUUAAGUCGUCAUGGCUUGCGAAUCGAAUGUUCAAGCAGUUCUAAGAUCAAGGUAGAUUCUUGGCUGUUAGAAUUACAAAAAGACUGCAAAAUAGAUUCUGAUAAUACUAAACCCCCCAAAGAAAUAUCAGAUGUUAAAAAGUGAAUUUUCACUCUCUUUUUUUAACUGUAACUUGUAGAUAGGUGGGAGUUAGAUUUAUAUUUGAACUUAGUUUAAUCUAAUAUUGUCUCUUAAAGGAUAAUUCAUUCAUUAUUAUGUUGUCUAUUGUACAUGAAAUAUCAUUAAAUUGAAGAACAAGAAGGUUGUCUU